AUGGUAAACGAUGGUAUCUUGGAAAAAGUAAAUGCUAGUGCAUGGGCGACACCGAUUGUUCCAAUAAGGAAAACUAAUAACCAGAUAAGACUGUGUGGCGAUUACAAAGUCACGAUUAACCCGUGGUUGAUAGUUGAUGAGCAUCCUCUGCCAACAAUUGAAGAGUUAUUUGCAUCAAUUAGUGGAGGAAAUAAAUUUUCAAAAAUUGAUUUGACCAAGGCUUAUCUGCAAUUAGAAGUCAACGAGGAAUGUCGAGAUUAUUUGACCUUAAGUACACAUAAAGGUUUAUAUAGACCAACAAGACUAAUGUAUGGCAUCUCAUCAGCGCCAGCUAUUUGGCAACGAUAUAUGGAGGAAUUAUUGAGCGAUAUUCCUGGAGUAUCCAUUUUCAUCGAUGAUGUCAAGAUAACUGGCCGGGAUAAUGAAGAACAUUUGGACAGAUUGUUUCAAGUUUUGAGUCGUCUCGAUAAAAACAACAUGCGUAUCAAUGUAAACAAGUGUCAAUUCUUUCAAGAUAAAAUCGAAUAUGUCGGAUACGAAAUCGAUAAAAACGGUAUUCAUAAAACAAAGAAUAAAAUCGAAGCCAUUGAUCAGAUGCCAGUACCAGAAAACAAGGACCAAGUGAGAUCAUACGUAGGGUUAGUAAACUACUACGGAAGAUUUUUCAAAAAUCUAAGUACAACUCUUUAUCCGAUAAACGAUUUACUUAAGAAAAAUGUACCAUUUGUUUGGAAUAAAAGCUGCCAAACUGCUUUUGACAAAAUCAAAAUGGAAAUGCAAACCGAUAACUUUUUAACACAUUACAAUCCAAAACUUAAAUUGCUUUUAGCCACAGACGCUUCACCAUACGGUGUAGGAGCUGUUCUCAGCCAUGAAUUCCCGGAUGGAACAGAAAAGCCAAUAAUGUACGCCUCUCAGACGUUGACACCUACCCAACAGAAGUACAGUCAGAUUGAUAAAGAGGCUUAUGCUAUCACGUAUGGAGUGAAGAGAUUCUACCAAUACGUAUAUGGCCGGAAGUUCACUCUUGUAACAGACAACAAGCCAGUUUCCCAGAUUUUUUCCCCUAAAAAGGGAAUGCCAGUUUUAUCGGCAACACGCAUGCAACAUUAUGCAGCUUAUCUUCAAUGCUUUGAUUAUGAUAUAGUUUUUAGAAGAACUGAAGAUCAUUGCAACGCAGAUGCAAUGUCAAGAUUGCCUAUUAAAAAAAUAUCAAAAUUUACAAUGGAUGAGGCUGAUGUAUUGGAAAUAUCACAAAUCGAAAAUUUACCGUUGACAGUGGACGAACUGGGAAAAGCAACUAUUAAUAAUGAUAAUGUGAAGGUUUUAGUACAAGGUUUAAGAACGGGAAGAAUUGUAGAACCAAAAUACAGAUUUGGAAUUGACCAAAACGAGUUCACAUUACAGCAAAAUUGUAUCAUGCGAGGGAUGCGAGUGUUCAUUCCUGAAACUCUCCGUAAACGGGUUCUUAGCGAGCUGCAUGCAUCACACUUCGGGGCAACUAGAAUGAAAUCUCUAGCGAGAAGUUAUUGCUGGUGGGAAAGGAUCGAUAGUGAUAUAGAAGAUUUGGUAAAAAACUGUCCGGACUGUCAACGAAUAAGAAGCAAUCCUCCUAAAACUUCCGUGCAUUGUUGGGAAGCACCCACUGAACCUUUCCAAAGAGUACACAUUGAUUUUGCAGGUCCAUUUCUCGGUAAGCUUUUUUUUAUUUUAGUCGAUGCUUACUCAAAAUGGCCAGAAGUUUUUGUAAUUCCAAACAUGACGACAGAUACAACUAUAACCACCUGUAGGAAUAUUUUCAGCCGUUUUGGUAUACCGUCGGUUUUAGUUAGCGAUCACGGAGUUCAAUUUACAAAUUACAAAUUCAAAGAAUUCUUGAAGAUGAACGGAAUCGUGCACAAAAUGGGAGCGCCAUACCACCCUGCAACUAACGGCCAGGCAGAACGUUACGUGCAAACAAUUAAACAAAAAUUAAAAACAUUAGGACCGGACACGACAGAUUUAAAUACCGAAUUAUGCAGAAUCCUUUUGGACUACAGAAAGAUGGUUCAUCCUGCGACAGGAAAAUCGCCCUCUAUGAUGGUAUUCGGACGCGAAAUUAGAUCCAGAAUUGAUUGCAUGAUACCAUUUAGGUGUUUCAAUUCAAUCGAAGCUAAGAGGGGAAGAUCACUUGAAGAAAAUGACAGAGUUGCUGUGCGUGAAUACCUCGACCGUGGAGUAAAGUGGAGAUUUGGACAAAUCAUAAGAAAGCUAGGACUUCUUCAUUAUUUAGUAAGACUGGAUGAUAAUCGUAUUUGGAAACGCCACAUUGACCAGAUUCGCCAAAUAGGCAUAGAUGUAAAAAAUCAACAAACCUAUGACGUUUCCAGAGAAGAACAUCCUCCUUCACUUAACAUUCAGCAACAUGACAAUGGUGGAGAUAUGCUUACAGAUACUGAAACAUCCGAUAAUAACAUUUCAAUGAAUAAUGAAAAAAAUCAUCAAAACUGUACUGCUGGUGAAGGUAUAAAUGAUGACUCAAAUUGUAAUCAAAAUAAAAAUGUAAUUAAGAUUUUACGAAGAUCAAAUCGUAUUAUUAAAGCACCAGAUCGACUAGAUAUUUAA